AUGGGACGCACUCCGCCGCACGACCAAGGUAUUUCCGCCAUGUGGUGGUCUGCACGGAACCCGCCUGUUGACCCUAAGACCUCCUUCGCAGGCAAGACUGUCCUCAUAACCGGUGCAAACGUCGGACUCGGACUCGAAGCCGCGACCAAAUUGGCCCGUCUAGGUGCCUCCCGUUUGAUCCUGGGCGUCCGCUCCCACGAGCGCGGUGAAGAUGCCAAAGACCACAUAUGCCAACAAUCAGCCUGCAACGCCGCCAAUGUGCAGAUCUACCAAGUCGAUAUGAGCUCCUUCGAGUCCGUCAAGUCGUUUGCCACGGCCAUAACCGAGGAGGAGCCAAGCCUGGAUAUCGCUGUCCUUAACGCCGGGAUGGCAGCGUCUUCCUACCAGCUCAGCCCAGACGGAUAUGAAAUGUCCCUACAAGUCAACGUGCUGUCCACCGCACUGCUCGCCGUCCUUCUCCUCCCCAAACUCCACCAAUCAGCCCAGCUGAGCGGAUCUCCAUCUCAUCUCGAGUUCGUCGGGAGCGUGGGCCACCGCAUGGUCAAACCCACGGCCCUGGACGCUGUGGCCGACAACAAGAGUGCAAGACUCCUCGACUCCGUCAACGACAAGAAAAAUUUCGCCAUCCAGGAAACAUACUGCAUGUCCAAGCUCUUGCUCAUGUACGUCAUGGAAGGCCUCGUGGCAGCCACGCGUCGCAACAAUGUUGUCGACGUGGUGAUCACGACGUGCUGUCCCAAUCUCUGCCGCACGUACCUCGGACGCGACUUCAACCCCUUGAUGAAUCUGGCGAACGCUAUGUUCCAGCUCGUGUUUGCGAGGACGGCCGAGGAGGGCAGUCGGAUCCUUGUCAGCGGCACAACGUUGGGAAAGGAUGCCCAUGGAAUGUUUUGGAGUCAUGAUAUCUUCGACAUGUGA